GCCAUGGCUGUCUUGAUCCCCAAUCCGCAGUUACGCCUCCUCAAUGCUCUUCGAGCUAGCACGAAGCCUAUAAUGACAUUCUUGGGUCUUCCAUCCUUUCGCACGGCCCAAGUCGUCGCGCAGACCGGUCUAGAUCUCGACUGCCGCUAUCGCAGCUUUGGGGGUCUCACCUCUGAUUCGUAUCAGAAUGACCCAUGGAGAUUUAAUCAAGAGAGCUUUGGAUGCUGGGGCACAUGGGAUUAUCGUUCCGCAGGUCAAUACUGCCGAAGAAGCCAGGGAGGUUGUCUCUGCUUCGAAAUUCCCCCCCAGGGCUGUCGGGGCCAGGGCUCGGCAUUUCCGGCUAUAGCACACGGUGUUGAUAUCGCGACGUAUCUGAAAACAGCGAAUGAAACGCUAAUUACCUGUAUCCAAAUUGAAUCAAAAACGGGUGUCGACAAUGUCGAUGCGAUUUGCGCUGUACCUGGUGUUGACAUGAUUUUCAUCGGGCCGAAUGAUCUUGCCUUAUCAAUCCUAGGCUACGUUCCGGCAAAGGGUACUGAGCCUGAAUUUGUCCAAGCCAUCGAGAAGAUUGUGGCAGCAGCCAGAAAGCACGGUAAAUGGGUAGGCCGGCUAUCCAACAAUGGCUCUUCAUGCAAAGGGGAUCUGAAAGUUUUUGAUACAGUGGCAAUGGGUUAUGAUAUUCGGGCGAUUCAAAACUGGUAUUCAGCCGAGUUACAGGUAGCACGCUCAUAA